AUGGUACACGCUGUAUCGGUAGAUUAUGAACAUUCUCCCUUUGUAAAUAAGACGGUGUUGGAAAAUGUUCAAUGUAGUCAUGGGUUCAUAGCAACGGUAUUGGAGGCUUAUAAUCGACAUCAGCAUUUACGUAUCACACCAGAUGAUGUAUGGUUAACGAUAGCCCAGGGAGUUUCUCAACAUGUAAAUUUAAACGUGAAUAAGUAUCGACACUUUUUCGUACAUAAUAAACAAAAAAUUUCCAUUAAUGCUAAUGGAAUAUUUGAUAGCGAACGUUGGUCGAGAAGAAUCGUUGGUGAUUGGCCGGAAUGCGUACGGUUAUUAGCAGAAAAGGCCGACAAGAAGGUCGAAAAAAUCAAUUUAAUGAAAUUAUUAGAGUGUGAUUAUUCUACGAGUACCAUUACGACGACAACGGCAAGUCGUGUCGUUCUGUUAAAUUCUCUUGAAACAAUUUCGCAAACACAGAUUGAUUGGACUUGUGGUAUACCGAAAGUUACAUUGGAGGGAACAUUAGGGGAUUGGUCACGUAUCCAAGAAAAGAUCAAUAUUUUAAGAAGUUUACCUUUAGAUUUGGAUUUUUGGUUUGACCGCUUAGAACCCAUUAUUUGGCAAUUAAUUGCAACUUAUCAGGGCAAAGUAAACGAAAGAUUUUGGAAGAGGAUAGCCCAUAGACUUGGUGGCUGUGGCUAUGCGCCACAUACAAACUCAACCCUAAAUGGAUGGAUAACCGCUUUCUUACCAUACGAUCGACAUGGAAAUGCGUUGAUAGGAAGUUCCAUCGAUGAGUGCGAUUUACCUGACGGAAAGGUUGUCAUCCCAUUUAAUGUAAAAGGAUAUACAUCCUUAAAACUAAUAUCGGGAUUUUUAGGGGUUAGGCAAGAUAUUAUCGAAGAGAGCGGAGAAUUAGUGGUAUCUCCGGUUAUUGGAUGGGCGGUUGUUGAAGAUAAAAGUAAGACCAAGCCACGCUUUUGGAAGUUUUUUCAAUAG